CGUGACUGUCGUCAAAUAACGUCGGACGUGCAGCGAGCGGCGCAGACGUCGGACUGUGCAUUCGAGACUUUGGAAGUGGCAGGACGGGACGAGACAGGCGGCAAACCCCGCAGGACAACAACAUGCGGAAAUAAGUCGUUGUCUCAUUUUGUAGCAUUUAGGACAACUUACCUUAUGUUGUCUUAUUUGAUUUCUUUUAGCGUAUUUUAAGCCACCACCGCGAGCUAGCUUAGCAGCCGAACGAGGCUGUCAGGCACACAGGUACCGCCGGAGAACGGACUAGAGCUUGGUGACAAAAAGAAGGUGGCGAGGUAACGAUGAACCGCUUUCGGAAGUGGCUCUACAAGCCCAAGAGGACGGACCCACAACUUCUGGCCCAGUUCUACUAUGCAGACGAUGAGCUGAACCAGGUGGCCGCUGAGCUCGACAGCCUCGACGGAAGGAAGGACCCUCAAAGAUGUACGCUGCUGGUCAACCAGUUCCGCUCCUGCCAGGACAAUGUGCUGAACAUCAUCAAUCAGAUUAUGGAUGAAUGUAUUCCCUGUGACCGAGCCAACAGAGACUUCUCUGUCAAGUUCCCAGAGGAGAUUCGUCAUGACAACCUGGCGGGGCAGCUCUGGUUCGGAGCGGAGUGUUUAGCUGCAGGCUCCAUCAUCAUGAACAGGGAGAUUGAGAGCAUAGCGAUGAGACCCUUGGCAAAAGACCUGACUCGCAGCCUUGAGGAGGUGCGCAACAUAACACGAGAUCAGGCCCUGCGAGACCUCAAUUUCUACACAGACCGCAUGAAGGACGCACUGCGACAUUUCGACGGCCUUUUUGCUGAGUUUGAACUCAGCUACGUGUCAGCCAUGGUGCCUGUCAAGUCUCCCAAAGAAUACUAUGUGCAGCAGGAGGUGAUCAUUCUCUUCUGUGAGACGGUGGAAAGGGCGCUCAGACUGGGCUACCUCACACAAGACAUGAUUGAUGACUACGAGCCUGCGCUGAUGUUUACAAUUCCCAGACUAGCCAUUGUAUGUGGGUUGGUCGUGUACUCAGAAGGACCGCUCGACCUUGACCGAAAAGCAGAGGACAUGUCUGAGCUCUUCCGACCUUUUCGUACUUUACUGAAGAAAAUCAGAGACCUGUUGCAGACUCUGACUGAGGAAGAGUUACUAAUGCUGGAGAAGAACCUCUGUAUUUCUCAGGAUGGAGAUUUCCCCACAGGUCAGGAGGAGGCCACCAGCAAGACACCAGCGCCUAUCCAAGAUAAUCGCUCCUCCCGCAGCCCCACGGAUGUCACCUCCAAGGCGGGUGGUGAUGAGGAGGAAAAGCAUCUGUCUCUGUUUGUCUCACCCAGCCACGAGGAGGAGUUGGCAGAAGUGGAAAAAGGCUGGGAAGAGCUGGAAUCCGAGAAAGGGGAACAGGCAGAAGACAUGCAGUGUGAGGAGGCAGAAGAGGCUGAACUUGCUUGUUCCAUGCAAUACGAUGAGGAAGAACUGGAACAGCUCAACAUGAUGGUGUACCGCGUAGGAGAUGAAAUGUCAACUCUGCUGUCGCCACCUAGCCAGGGUCAGUCCCCGGCACACCGCCCCAACAGAGGUGAGGUACAGGGCGCCAGUGGCGCUUCCAGCACUGAGGCCUCCCCUCUCAGGGUAUUGAGGGCCCAAGGGAGGACAGGUAUCUAUUUAGAGGAGGAAGACAGGGUCUUCUUCUUGGAAGAUCUAGACCCAGCAGGAGACGGCAUUACCAGUAUUUCAAGAGAGGUACAAAGUUGCGUUGCCUCGCCUUCUAAAACUCCAAAGUCUGCUCAUCCAUUGCAACGUAGUCCAGGUGUGCAGUCAGACGCGGUUCGCAACAGUUGGCUCUCCGAGGGACCUUCGGAGCAGCCUCGUCCACAACUACGCAGUAAGAACGCACAGUGUCUCAAUGCAAUGCGACGUCCAUCGCGCACAUCUGCUCCCCGCUCUGAACCGCUGCCCUACACCAACGGCUGGGAGAUGGGCUUAGAGGGCAUGGUGAAUGAAACCGCAGAGGUCAUUGCCCAUCGCAUGGGCGGCAUGAAACUCUCGGCCACGGUCAUAUUCAACCCUCGCUCCCCCAGCUUGACGGAGCUGGCGGUGGACAAGAUGCUGCUGCCUCGGCCCUCUCCCUCUGAAAUUGAAGCCUGUGGCCCGCUGGUGGCCACUCACUGCUUGCUCAACUCUUGUGUGUGCUGCGCCAGCUGUGAAGACGCCCACGAGGAUGCAAUCACCUCAGAGACCGCAGGGCUCGGGUUAGGCCUUACUCUAAGGACGGAUAAGCAGUGUAAAAGCGUAGCCCCCGGUGCUGUCAUCCAGUCCUCCGCUUGCCGGCUGGCCCCACGAGGCCGUGAGUGCUUCAGCCGAACGGAACUUUGCCAGCUGUCUCACGCUUCUUCCCGCUGCGUGAACCAGCCCCUGGAAGAGGAAGGGAGAGCUGAACUUGGCGGGAAGUGCCUGGCGGGCGAUCCACAACCGGGGCAUCACACUCAGAACUGUGGCAGCAACAUCGGGCAGGAACCUUCGAUAUGUAACUUCCAGCAGAGGACUGAAACAACGCAACACACAACUGGAAGCCCGCUGAGGGACAAGGACAAGCAAGGAAUUAAGGAAUCCAAGAGGGGCACCAAAGAGGAGAGCAGGAAGGGCUCCAGUCUUCACAACUCCCCCCUCAGCUCUGUGUCAGGUAGUGACUGUGAGAGUGUGUCGGUCACCACAUGUAGUCUAUCCAGCAGUGUUUACACUCCCAGUCCCGUCAGCAGCCUCACUCCCAGCUCAGGCACGUCAGAGGACCUGGACCAUGAGGACAUCCGGCUUGCUCUUCAAGAUGUCAAGAUGGCUGCCCGAAAAAAGAUUCGCUCACGUUUCCACAGCAGCAGCGACCUCAUUCACCGACUCUUUGUUUGUAUAUCAGGUGUUGCUGAUCAGCUGCAGACCAACUACGCCAGUGACCUUCGCAGCAUUCUCAAGACGUUGUUUGAGGUUAUGGCAACAAAGUUAGAGCAGGGAGAAAACGAUAAGCAAAAGAAAGCAGGCCCUGUUCUGCGAAGUGCAGUACUAGAGGACUGCGCUCUCUGUCAGGAGACCAUUUCCUCAUCAGAAUUGGCAGCCAAGGCCCGCGAGGGCCAGUUUGAAGAUCCUCCUGACUGGGUUCCAGAUGAAGUGUGCAGCUCCUGCAUCGCCUGCAAGGCUCCUUUCACCGUCAUCCGCAGGAAGCAUCACUGCAGGAGCUGUGGAAAGAUCUUCUGCUCCCGCUGCUCCUCCCACUCAGCCCCAUUACCUCGAUACGGGCAGAUGAAACCCGUACGAGUGUGCACGCACUGCUACAUGUUUCACGUCACGCCUUUCUACAGCGACAAGGCCAACAUUUGAAGCACAGGUCGCCAUUGCGAGAGCAAAGACCAUGCGAAAAUGCCUUCGCAGUUCACACGUACCUGCUUGGAGAGUGACAGGAUGGGGCAGAAUCCAAGGGAAGGUCUGACCUGUUUCUGCUGUAGUUUGCAGGAACAGGAGGCAAAUGCGCACUGUAUUCUAACACAUGACUGUGAAGGUGUAAAAGAGGGAGGAUGAUGAGGCAAUGGCAGACUUUGAACCGCACAACAUGAAAACAGGCCACUGUAGGAGUUUUAUUGCUUCUCAUGUACAAAAGAAUGGAUUUCCUAUUCUACAGCGAGCUUCCAACCUUUGUGCCAGAGCUCCCACGGGACUCGGAUUAGUCAAAGAAUGUAAGUCACGAUUAGUAUGUAAAUAAGGAUCAUUCUGGUCAUAAUCAUCCACAAUGUCGGCUGUUGCUAUUCACUCGGGAACUGGUCAGAAAUCCUCUCCAUGCUUCCACUCGCAUUUACACGAAAGUGGUAAGAGAGAGUUUUUGUAUUGGGAUUUUGUCACACUUUCGAUGGUCGUGAAUGUUAAGGGGGAAAAACUUUAUGGGCUGUGCUCAUUGUGCACUGCGGGUGCUUCUUUGCUUAUUCUAUGGAUAAAAGGGAGCUCAUAGGCUGUGUACAAAUUCACAGGCUGGGUUCCUCCGAAGGCUGCAUUUUCAGCCGCAUGACGUCACUUCUGGCGCAACUCGACCCAAGCGGCAUCCGAAUUCUGAUUCACCCUGUCCAAAUUCACCACAGUUUAUGCGGUCCUCUGAGGCAACAUGAGGUGCAGGACCCCAGCCUGUGAACUGUCUUUUAUCAAAUUUGGGAACCACGUGCGGUCGAGUCGAGACGGAAGUGACUGCCAAGCGGCUGAAAAUGCGGCCUUCUGACACAGCCUGUGAAUUUGGACACAACCUUAGUUAUCACCGUCUGGUCUUGAAGGCCCUCUAGUGGAGAGUUGACCUCUCUACAAAGUGACGCGGAAGCCUUCUUCACAGGUGCUGACUUGCAGACUGCAGGGUCAUUCAUUGCUUUUCCUCUCAUUGUGGUGCAAUAUUCUGACUACUCUGAUCAAACAAGCCAUUUUAUGUAAGUACGUUGCUGUUGAUUAGCUAAGUGAUUUACAUUACGACUUUAGCUUAAGGUACGUCACACUGGACACCCACUGGUCUCAUUUGCAUAUGAAGUGCUCUGUACUAAAUAUCCUUGCUUCCUUUUGCAGUGACAAACAAUCUUCCACUCUGAACAUCAUCGUCAUGUCGUUCUAGAACAUUGAGGACAUGAGAGUGGGCAUUGUGUCAUUCCGCUGUAACUCAAAGCAGCUUCUCAGGCAUUUCAUAAUCAGGAACACACUCUACUGUUGGAUCGGGCUUAUGGUCCCUAAUAUUCAACCUCACUUUGGAAGAGUUGCUUUUUCUUUUAUAAAGAAUAAAAAUGGCAUAUAGAACUACAGUAUAUCAAUUUUAUGUAUACAACAGGGAAUCAUGCAGUAAUUUAAAGGAGGAAUAAUCUAUGAUUUCAAACCUUUGUCUUAUUUUGUAAAAUGACACUACAUUUCCUUGAUAGGAGUGGUGUGAUUUUUUUAUGUAUAGUUUUAAAUGCAAUGUCAAUUGAAAUAAAUGAUUUUUUCGGUUUAAA